AUGCGACGCACGGCAUUGGCGCCCCAUCAGAGGUCGAUUACUUGGACUCAGCAGGGUUUCCAUGGGAGCUUUACUCUUUGGGGAGCUUCUGCCGGGCAACUGAGUUCAAUCACUGGCCCUCCCAUCAAUCCCCAACCGGGCUAUCCAACAGAUGAGGGCGUCAUCGGAAACUGGAAUUCUCUUGAGGAUUUAAGGACUAUGCCAUCGUUACCAGAGUCUUACAAGAUCUGCACCACGGGCUCUGAGUUCGGUGAAUCACAGCAACAUGUUUCUGCAUCAUACGGGGAUCUUUUCUCGGCAUCUUCAACAGAUACUCCACUAAUACUACCACCUAUGGCUACUGACACCCCUCAAAUGCCAUAUUUAAACACAAAUACGCCAUUUUAUGAUACAUUUAACGACCCUUUCAAUCAAAACAGCAGUAAUGAAACUGCAUGCAAUUCUCGGGCUGUGGGCCCCGUGAUGACCCCAAAUCCUCGCGCUGGCCUUCCGAGGCGGCGAAGUCGAUACUUCUUUUCGAGAUCCAGGGAGACUGUAACUCCUAUAUCAAUUCCAUUUCAGCCUUCCAGUGAUCUUGAUCCCAUGCAACGCUGGCAAGAAUCUCCUCCUGAAGAUGAACCGGCUUCAAUGUCCGCCAUUAUGAAUGCCGUGAAUACAUCUGAGCAAAAGACCUCAACCCUCCAAACAUAUGGUGCCUUCCGUCAUCAUCGCCGACCAGCUUCUCUGGCAAGUUCCAAUAGUGGCACGAGCAUAUCCUCGUGGCAGUCUGCUACUUCCACUCGAUCCACAGCAUCAGCAGUAUCACAGGAUCCACUCGCAGCUCAAAAUCAAGGACACAGUCGUGUGGGCAAGAAACGGCGUCAAAAGCCAGCAGUCAAGUCUAGCACCGAGAAAGAUCGCCAAUUUUGUUGCACGUUCUGUUGUGACAAAUUCAAAACCAAGUACGAUUGGAUCCGUCAUGAGAAAGCACUUCACUUGAACCUGGAAACGUGGGUGUGUACGCCAUUUGGAGGAGCUCCAGCUUCUCCCCUGAGUGGCAGAAGACAUUGUGCUUACUGCCAUUGUUUGGACCCUUCUCCUGAACAUCUUGAAGAGCAUAAUUACCAUCGGUGUUCUAACGGAGCGCGUACAUUCCAACGAAAAGAUCAUCUUGUUCAACAUCUUCGGCUUGUUCAUCGCCUUCAAAACAUGCCCAUGAUUGAUGAGUGGAAGACCGCUUCUCAAUCAGUAACCUCAAGAUGCGGCUUUUGUAACUGCCGCCUCGCUAGCUGGGAGGAACGAAUCGAGCACCUGGCCGCACACUUUCGAAAAGGCUCGACAAUGAAGAGUUGGCAAGGCGAUCAUGAAUUUGAACCUGCCAUUGCCGCACAGGUUAAACGUGCUCUGCCGCCAUACUAUAUCGCAUCGGAAUCCGUUUCCAUGGUUCCCUUUUCGGCCACCAACUUCAACACGGUUGAUCACUUUGCCCAGAUCUCGUCACGGGCUCAUUGGGCCAAUGAUGGAAUAGAGAAUUGCGAGAACCAACAGAUCAUGCCGGAUGAGACGAAUGCUGCGGACGACGUCGACUUGGUUCAUUCGCUUGAACAACUUCAGACCCGAGAUAUCCCUUUAAAAUCAUUUAUGGAGGUUCUUAUAUUACACCUGAGUCGCUAUGCGAGGCAACAAAUGAGCCUUGGAGUUCUCCCCACAGACGAGAUGUUCCAAAGGGAAGCUCGACAGGUGUUAUAUGACUCGGAAGAUACUUGGAACCAAACCAUUGUCGAUAAUCCCGAGUGGAUCGCUUCGUUCCGCAAGCAGCUGUGCGGACAGCUUGAUGCCUCAACGAGCGCACAGGAUAACUCGCUUAGCUACCUGGUAACAAGAAGCUAG